UCAGGCAACCGGAAGUAUUGUUAGAAGGGGGAGAAGGCUAAUUAACAUUUUCGUGUAUUGCAGUGUAGUAUUACUCAGUGCGAUAUUCUGACUGUCAUAUGAAAUGUAUAUUUGUAUUCGUGGAAGGUCUCCGUCAACGUAAGCUUGGUUUAGGAUGUCAGGGGAGGACACUGAACUCACUGGUGGAUAAAGACGUCACACAUUGUUCCGUAUUUCCUGACCUAGGCUUACGAAUGUCCUUGACACUGACAGCCAUGAGUGACAGUGCAGUGACCAGUGUUCGGCAGCAGUGGUCAGGGACUGGGCAAACGCAGCAGCCUUCCCGGGGCCCCUAUAUUUCAGUCAUCACCAACAGAACCACCAACUUGGUGAUCCGAGGGGCCAUGCUGUUCUCUGUGGGUGUUUUUCUGGCCCUGGUGCUGAACCUACUUCAAGUGCAGAGGAAUGUCACCCUCUUUCCCCCUGAUGUCAUAAGCAGUAUCUUCUCCUCGGCCUGGUGGGUGCCGCCCUGCUGUGGCACGGCCUCAGCAAUGAUCGGGUUGUUGUACCCCUGCAUCGACAGACAACUGGGUGAGCCGCACAAGUUUAAGCGGGAGUGGUCCAGCGUGAUGCGCUGCGUGGCUGUGUUUGUGGGCAUCAACCACGCCAGUGCUAAAGUUGACUUUGCCAACAACAUCCAGCUGUCUCUGACUCUGGCGGCGCUCUCCAUUGGUCUGUGGUGGACGUUCGACCGCUCCCGUAGUGGCUUUGGCCUGGGAGUCAGCAUCGCCCUGCUGGCAACACUGGCCACCCAGCUCCUGGUUUACAAUGGAGUCUUUCAGUAUACUUCUCCAGAUUUCCUGUACAUUCGCUCCUGGUUACCUUGUAUCUUCUUUGCGGGGGUGAUAACUAUGGGAAACAUCGGACGGCAGCUAGCCUUGUAUGAAUAUAAAUUCAUUCAGGAAAAGACCCAUCAGGAUUGAGGAAUCUCUUCCCUCCAUCACGCCUCUGCUCAAAACGAUAUUGUCUGUGCACCAACCUGAAGCCAGAGACAUACAGCAUAGAGCAGGACUGGCUGGCCCUGGAGGAGCCAGUCAGGCGUGUCAAACGAGCCCUGAGCUCCUGAUUGGCUGCCCGGUGCUUUCCGCUGGACUAGGCAGUAUUUCUGAUUGGCUCUCAUCGGGCCAUUCAGAGCUCGGAGCGGUCACUGGCUACAUUCCAACCUGAGCUGAGGUGAACAAUGAGAGUGGGGUUUGUUGUGUGUGUGUGUUUUUUUUUUUCUUUGCAGUUUAUCUCUACUUACCUGGAAAGGGAUUAGCAGUGAAGCAUCUAUCGUUCCUCAGAUCAGCUCGGAUGUUUGAAACCUUUGGCUCCAUUGUGCCAAACACAGUCACACAGGGGAUCAGGUUUAAACUCUUAUCACCUGAUUCUUUCACAUCCUUCACAUAUCAGUGGAGAACACGCAGCCUAGAAAGAUAUGCAUUUAUACCAGACCUUUUAUUGUAUGUAAUUAGCUUAUAUCUACAUUUAAAUGUUCUUGAUGAAAGGAAUGAUAAUGUCUACUAUAUGUGCAGCGGGUAUUCCCACCAGCAAAACUGACAUGUACAGUAUCAUCAGAUCCAAAGAAUGAAAGAAUACAUGAACACUGGGAGUUUUAAGACAUUUAUUCUCAUGAAAUUCAGUGUGUUUCUUAAUACUUUCUUCAUUUCAGGGUGCGACAUUUGUCCAUCUCACUUCCUCGCAACGUUCUUUCCCCCAAAACAGCCGAACUGCCAAAUUUCCCAGCUGAUUUCCUUCAUUCAGCACUUGACAGAAAUUCGAAUUUCAGUGAAUGUGAUUUCUGACAGUGGAUAAUAGAGAUAGGUCGUUAGAACAUGAAAUAGAAUCAAAUAAACUAACUUGCAUGUGUCGAGAUUGUAUGGGGAGGGGGGGGGGGGGGUUGGGAUUUCACUGGACUUAUUUCCAUGUACAUUGGAUUCCUUUGUUCUGAGGCUGGUUGAACAGAAGUGCUGAUUACAAUAACUUGCCCACAAAGAAAACCUACAGAUAAAGUGUUCAGCAGUGUUAAAGUUCUGCACUGUAUGCAGUAGGAGUUAUUGGGUGGGCGGACUGACAGAAACUAAUGAAACAAAGAAGAAUAUAAACGAGGAGCACUUGUGUAUGUGUACCAGGUAUGACUGGAUCAUUUAAGGGACAUUUUUUUAAAUAAUUUUUUUCUUCGUGAUUAAAAUAUGAUGAAUAUGAUUAGAAUUGCAGCAUUUAAAACAGAACCAAUAAGAAACAGUGUUUUUGUAAUUCUAGGUUAGAUGAUGGAAAACAUGGAUUUUUGGGGGGAUUAGCAUGUUUUAUAUCAGCUCUGUAGCUGGAGCUUUGGUUAAAACUGUGAACCUGUUAGAAUUCCUGUAGGAAGCGUUGUAUAGUGGUUAAACAGGGACUCGUGGUUCCACUCAAGCAAUCUCUGAAACCUGAACAUGUGCAAUUUGUUUUGGUGUAAUAAAGGUCAUGACCUUUU